AUCUCCACUCGGCAGCAGCAAGCGGUGAACGAUCCUCGCCUUUUCAUUUCUCGCCCAAAAUCAAACAAUCUCCUCUUGCCGACCGACUUCUCCACCACCCGACAGCUUUUCCACAGCACACGUCCGCUCAACAUCGGUUUCCCUCCUGCAGCUCACAUCGCUUUGCAGACCAGCUUUUUACGAAAACCAUCAAAAUGCGUGAGAUUGUUCACCUCCAGACCGGCCAGUGCGGUAACCAAAUCGGUGCCGCUUUCUGGCAGACCAUCUCUGGCGAGCACGGCCUCGACAGCAAUGGCGUGUACAAUGGCACUUCCGAGCUGCAGCUCGAGCGCAUGAACGUCUACUUCAACGAGGCUUCCGGCAACAAGUAUGUCCCUCGUGCCGUCCUCGUCGACCUGGAGCCCGGCACCAUGGACGCUGUGCGUGCUGGUCCCUUUGGCCAGCUCUUCCGCCCGGACAACUUCGUCUUCGGCCAGUCUGGUGCUGGCAACAACUGGGCCAAGGGUCACUACACCGAGGGUGCCGAACUCGUCGACCAGGUCCUCGAUGUCGUCCGUCGCGAGGCUGAGGGCUGCGACUGCCUCCAGGGUUUCCAGAUUACCCACUCCCUCGGUGGUGGUACCGGUGCCGGUAUGGGUACCCUCCUGAUCUCCAAGAUUCGCGAGGAGUUCCCCGACCGCAUGAUGGCCACCUUCUCCGUUGUCCCUUCCCCCAAAGUCUCGGACACGGUCGUUGAGCCCUACAACGCCACCCUCUCGGUCCACCAGCUGGUUGAGAACUCGGACGAGACCUUCUGCAUUGACAACGAGGCUCUCUACGACAUUUGCAUGCGCACCCUCAAGCUGUCCAACCCCUCGUACGGCGACCUCAACUACCUGGUCUCUGCCGUCAUGUCGGGUGUCACCGUCUCGCUCCGUUUCCCCGGCCAGCUCAACUCGGAUCUCCGCAAGCUGGCUGUCAACAUGGUUCCUUUCCCUCGUCUCCACUUCUUCAUGGUCGGCUUCGCUCCGCUCACCAGCCGCGGCGCCCACUCGUUCCGCGCCGUCUCCGUUCCGGAGUUGACCCAGCAGAUGUUCGACCCCAAGAACAUGAUGGCUGCGUCCGACUUCCGCAACGGUCGCUACCUGACCUGCUCUGCCAUCUUCCGUGGCAAGGUCUCGAUGAAGGAGGUUGAGGACCAGAUGCGCAACGUUCAGAACAAGAACUCGUCCUACUUCGUCGAGUGGAUUCCGAACAACGUCCAGACCGCUCUGUGCUCGAUCCCGCCGCGCGGUCUCAAGAUGUCGUCGACCUUUGUUGGUAACUCGACGGCUAUUCAGGAGCUGUUCAAGCGCAUUGGCGAGCAGUUCACUGCCAUGUUCCGUCGCAAGGCUUUCUUGCACUGGUACACUGGCGAGGGUAUGGAUGAGAUGGAGUUCACCGAGGCUGAGUCCAACAUGAACGAUCUCGUCUCGGAGUACCAGCAGUACCAGGAUGCUGGUGUCGACGAUGAGGAGGGAGAGUACGAGGAGGAGGCUCCUCUUGAGCAGGAGGAGUAAGUUCCAGGGCUUGCUUCUCGCCCUCCGUAUCCGCCGAGGUCGGCAGCACCUGUUGGGCAUGCAGGUCGACUGUGAGCUAGUUUCUUGGAAGGGUGGAUAAUGAUCACAUCGGGCGUGCUGCCGCUAUUCAUUCGACUUGAUCUGCCGCCUGUGUCUGUGGAUACGGCUCUUUUGAGUUUGAGCGGCGAAGUUUGUGUUGGUGAUAUCAAUAAUUUAAUAAGAAACGGGGAGGCAUCUGAUCGGUUUCGGUUGGACCCCCGAUUGUUAUACCUAAGGCAAGAAAAUCAUGCACCUGUCUUUGGUGUCGAAUGCCUUCCAGUCCUCGCUACGUUGUUUGGUCCCUUGAAUUUGACGCCGUUUAUCCGUC